GUGAAGCAGCUUCAAGCCAGCACCCGAGAACUAAUUUUAAGAAUGGCUGUCUAGCGUGCCUGUCACUCCUAUUGUCCUUCCAAACUCUUUCAGACAUUUUGAGCAAGGAAUAUUAAAGCUAUGAGUUAGCUAGGGUUGUGACAUGAAUGGUCCACAAAGGCUUUAGGCAGAAGAGGUAAUGAUGAUUGCCCGUGGCUAUUUGGAAGACUGCACUGGAUCUCUGUCAUUAAAAAUUAAGCCUGGCUUUUGAGGAAGAUGUGACAACUACACCGGAGGUCAUUCUGCCAUUCCUCUAGGACUUCCACAGUAAGGAAAGGCGCCCCUGGAUUAUCCUCCUCUAAGAUGUUCAUAUGGACCAGUGGCCGGACCUCUUCUUCUUACCGACAUGAUGAGAAAAGAAAUAUCUACCAAAAAAUCAGAGACCAUGACCUCCUGGACAGGAGGAAAACAGUCACAGCACUUAAAGCUGGAGAAGACCGGGCCAUUCUCUUGGGACUAGCCAUGAUGGUUUGUUCCAUCAUGAUGUACUUUCUUCUGGGAAUCACACUCCUACGCUCAUACAUGCAGAGUGUGUGGACUGAAGAGUCUCAAUGCACCUUGCUAAAUGUGUCCAUUACAGAAACCUUUAAUUGCUCCUUCAACUGUGGUACAGACUGUUGGAAAAUGUCUCAGUACCCCUGCCUUCAAGUGUAUGUGAACCUGACUUCCUCUGGGGAAAAGCUUCUCCUCUACCACACUGAAGAGACAAUGAAAAUAAAUCAGAAGUGCUCCUAUAUACCUAAGUGUGGAAAAAACUUUGAGGAAUCCAUGUCUCUGGUGAAUGUUGUCAUGGAAAACUUCAGAAAGUAUCAACACUUUGCCUGCUACUCUGAUCCAGAAGGAAACCAGAAAACCGUCAUUCUAACCAAACUCUACAGUUUCAAUGUGCUGUUCCAUUCACUUUUCUGGCCAACAUGUAUGAUGGCUGGGGGCAUUGCGAUUGUUGCCAUGGUGAAACUCACGCAGUACCUCUCUCUGCUUUGUGAGCGGAUCCAGCGGAUCAAUAGAUAAAAGAAAAAAAGUGGCUAUGAUAGUUUCCUUUAAAGCUCAAAUACUGUUUUCUUUCAUUCUUCACCAAAGAACCUUAAGUUUGUAAUGUGCAGUCCAUUAUGAGUUCCUUAAUAUAUUGUUUAAUAUAUUAUACUGUAGAGCAAUAAUACAAAUGCUGUUCUAUAUGCAAACAUGACAUCAUUAUUAGUCAGGAGAAAAUAACUGUUUUGUGUUACUUUGUGGUUUUCAUAAUUUUGUUUUUAUGCUGGAACUAGUAUAUCCUUCUCUCCUUCCACCAAAAUAGGCCUCAGUUAUUCA